ACACUUUUUAGGAAUUUGGCCACAUUUUGUUAGCUGUAAGCUAUCUACCCACUGCAGAAAGGCUAACUAUUAACAUUAUGAAAUUACGCGAUAUUAAAUUUAUACCAACUGGGUUGAGCUUAAAUGAAUUUAAUCCAUACGUUAAAGUGUUAAUGUUAAACGGAAAGACGGGUAAAAAAAUGAAGAAGAAGAAGACCAAAUACUUGCGCACGAUUGCACAACCAGAAUUUAAUGAGACUUUGACGUUUAACUUAGCAGUUACACAACUCGAUACUGUCCAAUUUUUAGUGGUGCUUUGUAGCAAGGUUUUACCAGAAGGAUUACCUGCCAAUACCGCCGACGUUAGUGACAGUGAAGAUUCUGUCAGUUCGUUCAAAAGGUCUACCGAUACUUUUAUCGGUAAAGUGGCUCUUGGAAAAGGUGUGAGAGGUUCGACGGAAAGAUUGCAUUGGUUCUCAGUGCUUCAAAAUCCAAGGAAACUUGUUACUGUCUGGCAUAUUUUAAAAUAAAAACUAUAAUUUUUUAAACAUACAUAUAUUAUACAAGUUAUACAAAUAUAAUUGUUAUUUUUCAGUGAUUUUGAUAAAUCAUUACAAUUGCAAAGA